AUGAUACUCCCAAUAUCCAAAACCACCAAACUCAAGUGCUACUUCGGUUCCAGGCGCCUUAGAUUGUAUGCCACUUUCCAGUCUCCGAAACCCAAAGCCAAACCCAGGGAUGAAAACCCUCACCAUUCGCGUCAGCGACGGCAUCGCAGAAACAUACCAUUUGUCACCAAUGUGAAAGAAACCCAAGACCCAGAAGACGCCUUGGCUCUCUUUCAGGAAUACCGACGGGAAGGAUUUAGACACGACUACCCUUCGUAUUCUGCUCUCAUCUACAAGCUCGCUCGUUCUGGCGAUUUUGAAGCUGUUGAGGGCGUUCUGGGUCAAUUACAAGCAAAAAACCUUCGGUGUGGAGAGAACCUUUUCGUUGCUCUUUUUGGGCAUUACGGGAAAGCCAAUUCGGUAGAUAAGGCAGUCGAGCUGUUUGAUAGAAUGCCUCAGUUCAACUGUGAGCGGACGUCCCAGUCAUUUAACGCUCUGCUAAACGUUCUGGUAGACAACGAUCGUUUAAUGGACGCGAAGCAGUUGUUUGGUAGGUCCAGUAAGAUGGGCAUUCGACGGAAUUCGGUCCCAUUUAACAUUAUGAUCAAGGGGUGGCUGGGUAGAGGGGACUGGGAUCAAGCCCGCCAGGUGUUCGAUGAAAUGCUUGAGAGAAAAGUUGAACCCACUGUUGUGACUUAUAACAGUCUGAUUGGGUAUUUGUGCAGGAAGGGUGAAAUUGGUAAGGCACGGGACUUUUUUGACGACAUGAUCAAGAAGGGUAAGCCCCCAAACGAAGUAACUUAUGCGUUGUUGAUGGAGGGAUUAUGCAGCUUGGGAGAAUAUAAGGAGGCCAAAAAGGUGAUGUUUGAUAUGGAAUAUCGAGGCUGUAAACCGAAAGUGUUGAACUUUGGUAUUUUGAUGAAUGAUCUUGGAAAGCGAGGGAAGAUUGAGGAGGCAAAAUCUUUGCUUCUUGAAAUGAAGAAGAGACGAUUUAAGCCAGAUGUUGUCACCUAUAAUAUAUUGGUAAAUUAUCUGUGUAAAGAGGGCAGAGUGACGGAGGCUUACAAAGUCUUGUUUGAAAUGCAAAUUGGAGGUUGCGAGGCUAAUGCAGCAACUUAUAGGAUGUUGGUUGAUGGGUUUUGCCGCCAUGGAGAUUUUGAGGGAGGUCUGAAAGUUUUAACUGGAAUGUUAGCUAGUAGGCAUUCUCCUCGUACUGAAACAUUUAGUUGCCUGGUUGGCGGCUUGCUCAAGUCUGGAAAUGUUGAAGGCGCUGGCUUUGUUUUAGAGGAGAUGCAGAAUAGAAAAUUAGGGAUGGAGUUGGAUAGCUGGGAAUUUCUGAUCAAGGAUUAUUGUGAUAGUGAUGAAAAAGCUGGUGUACUUGUGAACGAGCUCAUAUCAGACGACAUUAGUGAUUAA